UCACAUGUGAAGUCUAACACAUCAGUAAGUACAUCAGUGAGAAAUGAGCUUCAUAGUGAACCAUCUCUCAGUCUCUUUCUGCAAGACUCAACGUGAAUUAUCUUGUUCAUUUCUUAUAGCCUCGUAUGCGCCUUGAGGCAAAACAAACUGGUUUAAAUCAGGCACAGUGAAGCAGUCAGGAGGAACAGGAAAAAAAAAGAAAAAAAACAACAACAAAGAAACGUCUGCUUCUCGGCUGAGGAGCUGCCAUAUAGGGAGAGUCGCCUUGCUGCAGUUUCAGCCUAUUUACCAAGCUGCUUCUCAGAUUACAGUUGGUCCCGCCUCCUCAGCACACAGCUUAAGCCAGUGGUGAGGCUGCUUUUCUGCAUGGAGGCGUUGCUUUCAGGCUUAACCGCCUGGUUGCCUAGGGAACCGGGCAGCAGAGACAGACGGAUUGGGGAAAAGAAAGCGUUUCCAGGUCAGCUCAAACAUGGAGAGAGGAGCAGAGAGACAAAGAGGAGGUGAUAGGGAGGUGGUGGAGGAGAAAGGCUCGGUGGAGAAGCAGUGGGGGGACGCAGAGGUGCUGGCUCUCGUGUCAGUGUGGGACGAGGUGGGAGCUCAGCACGUAGCUGAGAGUAGAGCCACAUUUGAGUUGAUCUCAGAGCGUCUGAGGAGGCUCAGUGUUGUGCGCAGCUGGUGGGAGUGUCAGGCCAAGUGCAGAAGCCUGGGACUUCAGAGCAGGAAGCCUGACGCAGCAGCAGCAGCAAACUACAGCGCAGGAAUGGAUGGCAGGCCAGAGGAGGGCUGGGAGGAAGAGGUGGAAGGUAAACAAAGAGCAGUCUACCCUUCCUCAGUCACUAUCCCAAGGCAGGAAGGUAUGGUGAAUCGAAUCCAUCGGGCUCUUCCUUUCACCCCCAGUGUGGAAGAAGGCGGCCGCCACUGGACCGACGACGAGGUGCGAGCGCUGCUGUGCGUCUGGGCCGACCGGCACAUUCGAGAGAGCUUGAAGUGCACGCUGCGCAACAAAUCCAUCUUCCAGGAGAUGGCCCGCCAGAUGCAAAGAAACUUUGGGGUGGUACGCAACUGGAAACAGUGUCGAACAAAAUACAAGAACUUGAAGUACGACUACAAGACAGCGAAAAGCGCUCACGCUGCUGGAGGCAGCAGCGCAGGAGGCCCCGGGAAGUACAUGAAGUUCUUCGAUGAGGUGGAGGCCAUACUGCUGGACCGCGGACUGGAAAACGGGGCCACAGAGAUGAAGAAGAAGUUGUACGAGGGAGAGGUGGGAGCAGGGAGGCUACAAACAUCAUCCCAAACAACAGCCUCAGAAAGUGAAGUUGUGAUUGAAAUCGAUGAUGACGACAACAGUGAUGAUUAUGAUAUGGAUGGAGACCUGGAAGGAAAAUGGAGAGGAUCAGAUGCCCAUCUAACAAUCACAGACCCUUCCAGCUCUGACCAGUUCCACGUGGUCACCGUAUCAGACACAGGUCGAAACUGGAGCGACCUGGAGGUGCGAGCGCUAAUCCAAGUCUGGUCAGAUGAGCGUGUGUGCAGGCAGCUGGAGAGCUCGACAAGAAAGAGAGACAUCUUUGUCCAGAUCUCCAACAGGCUGAUGCAGCAGGGCAUUGAACGUGACUGGAAGCAGUGCCACACCAAGUACAAAAACCUCAAGUACCUUUACCGCUCCCUCCAAAGAGGAAAGACUGAUGAAGCUGACCGGAGACGAGUUAUGAGGUUCUACGAUGAGGUGGACGCCAUAAUGAAUCGCACAAGCAACGGCUCAUCACAUGACCCAGGAGCUGCAGAUAACCAGGCAGAUUCUGGCAGACUUUCGAUGUUGGACGACUGUGAGGACAGUGAUCACGUAGAUGUGUAUUUGACAAAGAUGAACUCAGUGACCUCACUGGUGGCAGAGAUGGAGGAAAGAUCUUCCAGUUCUGGUUCGGUGUCAUCUGUAAGUCUCGAUGUUAUGCCAAACAAUGAAGACCCAAGGCUGAACACUGUCAAGGAGCUUCGCCUGGAUCAACAGCGCAGAUUGAGCUCCUCUGAAACGAGGCCUGAAAAACAGAGCACCUAUUCAGCAAACAGAGGGAUGAAGAGGAAAGCUGUGGAUCAAGACCCCAUACUCCAGACAAGUACAAAAAAAAUUGGCACCGAUUCUGACUUUGCUGACAAGGCCUGGUUUAAAGAAGAGCAGGACCACAUCCCCAUAAUAAAGAUCAACUCAGUCCGAUCAAUGGCCUCUGAUCAAUCCCCAGAAAGAGAGGUAAUAUCUACUAAUCCCACCUGACAGAUAGUACAAUGUUAUGCAAGCAUGGUAAACUGAAGAACAGGCUGAUGGAGAACAGAUAAGACAUGCUGCUGCUAUUUUCUUUUUGACUAUUUAUCCAUUUAAAGGGGCACUAUAUACUAAAAAUUCUAACUCUGUCCCUCAUUAAUAUUGUUAAAUAGAAGGAAUUCCAAUAGUAAAUCUGAAAUAUUUAUCUAUCCCAUAUCUGACUCCACAGAUAAGGUCCCCAGACCACUGUUUGAAGCUAGAGAGGUGGCAGGGUCCGCCAGAGAUAAACACAGUGAAACACAAUCAGACUGUGUCGUCAGUGGGUUUGUUCAGUUUAUCAUGAAAUGCAAAGUUUGUUUAGGCACAAAAAACAAGUCUAAAUAGAUAUUUUGUCUCUGAUUAAACUACUCAGUGCACAUUUAAAGUGUAAUCUGAGUAUAACUUUAUGUACUGUGGGAGGUUUGAAGAGGUAUCCCCCCCCCCCCCAUUAUUUUUUGUACUAAUAAUAUAAUUAACUCCAUAAUGAAUGAACCAUAAUGAAAACGUAUUUGUACCUGUCAACCUUUUAAUAUACUGAUUAGGGUUACUUUUAUCAUUCUCAAUUUGGGGGAAACUCUAAAGCAUCCCUGAUUUUCGUUGUCAGUGUAGCUAAAAUCUUUCUAGCUUUAAAUCACAUUAUGCUGGUACACAGAAGUACUGUGUUGCCUCGAGUCACGCGUUUAACAAUGCAUUUUUUUCCACUGACGCAAACAAAUACUUGUGACAUAAGCGCUAUUUUCUUUACAAAUGCGACCAUUUCACUUGUUUUUCUGUUUUGCCCGAAGAUGACUUGCUAAACUUUUUUUCUCUGACUUGACUCAGGAGUUAAACUUAAUACAUUUUUGCACCAAAAAAGUAAGUCUGGUUGCCAGUUUGGUCUUUAAAAACUCAUCUAUGUUGACAACAGUUAACUAUUUUUUUU